AUGUCAGUACGGAUUUCGUCGAGGUCACUCAGCUCAACUCACGACAUUACAAAAUUACCGGCUUAUAGACCCGUGAAAUUGUGCGAAUGGACUUCUAGUUGUUUGGCCAACAAGGUCUUUGUCGACGGUGCGUUUUUCGACUUAAAACCCACAAUUGCUGGAGUUCCCCAAACCUGUGUACUUUCUCUAUCACUGUUUGUCUUGAAUAUCAAUUAUAUGUUGCAGUCAAGCAACGUGCAUUACUAUGCGGAUGACAGCAUUGGGGAUAUACCGGCCUUUAUAAUUGCCGUGCUAAUAUUUCUCGGGUGGAUGCAGACCGAGCAGUGUCGGCACAAACUUCUGGGGGUACCACACGCGCUCGCGGUGGAGAAUCCCCUCUGGGCGUCCAACACCGGGACACUCAGCACCCGGUGGUGGACGCACAGGCUGCCCUUCGUAUUCUGGGGGGGCAAUUCUGCGCUCAACAAAAACAGUCAUCGUUCUCGGGGCAAACGGAGCAAUUCAACAAAGGCACCCCCGUCCACGCUCGCCGUGGACUUCACAAAUGUUAGGGGGCUCAAUUCCAAUAUCAACGCAGUCCACUACCAUUUAGAGAGUGCGAAGCCGGUCUUGCUCUUUCUUACCGAGACUCAGAUUUCCUCCCCGGCUGAUACUUCCUACCUCUCCUACCCGGGGUACAAAUUGGAACAUUCAUUUGUGCCGCGGGCGGGAGUUUGCGUGUACGUCAGAGAGGAUAUCUGUUCUCGUCGCCUCGGGACGCUUGAAGGAAGGGACCUAUCUAACCUCUGGCUGCGCGUAGACUGCGAUGACCAUCCGCGAUUCUACGCAUGCCUGUAUAGGUCUCAUAGCGGAAAUACCGAAACUGACCGACUCAUUGAGCACAUCCAAAUGGCUACAGAUUCCCUGCUCGAAAGGUUUCCUACCGCUGAAAUCGUGAUACUUGGCGAUUUUAACGCCCACCAUGCCGAUUGGCUCAGCUCUGAAACCACCGAUCACGCGGGAAGAUCCUUUCACGACUUUGCUUUAGCCUACGACCUGACACAAAUGGUCCCUGCGAUUACGCGAAUACCAGAUGUGGAUGGUCAUAAACCCUCUUUGUUGGACCUUCUGCUGACUUCACAUCCGGAGAACUAUCAAGUCUCUGUUGACCCGCCAUUGGGUUCAUCGGAUCAUUGUGUGGUCCGGAGUACUGUGCCAUCUACGCGCCCUUCACGGCCCCGCUUUAUGGGUUGUCGCCGUAUUUGGCACUAUAAGUCAGCAGAUUGGGACGGGACAUUCAUAAGUCGAGCGGGCCGGAUGGUAUCCCCCCAAUUGUGCUGCGUACUUGUGCUCCUGAGUUGGCUCCGGUCUUAA